AAGGAAUUGCGGGAAAGCGAAAAGGCCAAAAACGCUGUGACUAGAGCCGGCAGGCGAAACUAAUGAAGAAACUAUUCUAACAAGAUCAAAUAACUAUCGAAUCGAGCUAUUAGAUAAGUUUUAAUCAUAAGGACACAUGGAUGCUAUCAUAAUUUCCAAGUUUAUUUUUCUAUUAACUCUAUUGGCAAGUGUACAAGCCGAGGACAGUGCAAGGACACUGCUCCGCAAUUCAUCAAUAUCCGAUUCUGAAAAUCAACAGAAACAAUUUGCUAACGCACAUUCGCAGUUAAAGCCAGUAUCGGAAACAUUUUCCAAACAACAUAAAACUACUCAAGAAAUUGUUGAUUUGCCAAAACCUCUAAAAUUACUAAAUAAUUAUGACUACGAUGACAGCAAUAAUGCAACCAGCACGGCUACAGACGAACCCAGACGUCUUAAGCAUAAACCGAGUGGAUCACUUAAUUCGCGUCUGACCACAGCUUUGAAUAUCGCGGCUAAGCAGGGAUUAGAUGCUAUGGUUAAACUCUACGAGAAAACUGAGCCGGAAAUGCUACGAAGAGGCGGGUUCCUUGACCCUAAUCAUCCAGGGGCUCAACUAUCAAAAUUCAGUGAAGCACGCGAUGGAACCGAAAAUAACGCUAAAGCUGCAUAUGCCGCCCUCGUUGCCACUAAAUAUUUUCGGAAAACUUAUAAACUACAAUCAGAUGACCUAGGUCGUCAGGCGCCACCACCGAAGAUAUCAUUUCGUCGGACACCACUCGAAGGACUUUGUCCACCUCGUGAGCCACCGCGAUGUCUUCCCGCGGCGCAACGAUAUCGCACCCACGAUGGAACGUGUAAUAAUAUGAGACACUUACGAUGGGGAUCCGCCCUGAUGCCAUUUAAUCGUUUCCUUCCCCCUGAAUAUGGUGAUGGAAUUGACACAGUUCGAGUUUCAGUGGACGGCAGUACCCUCUCGUCUGCCCGUUUUGUUAGCCUGCUAGUACAUGGAUCACAGGAAAGUGAAGCUCCUGUAACACUUAUGAUUGCUCAAUGGGGACAAUUGAUUGAUCAUGACCUGACGUCAACAGCUCAACCCAGAUCAGUGAAUGGUUCCGUUCCAAGGUGUUGCGGUACAGAUGAUUUUCAUCCAUCAUGCUUGCCAAUAAAAGUUCCUCUGGAUGAUCCAUGGUUGGCUCCUCUCAAAGUUCGAUGCCUAGAAUUCCUGCGAUCAGCGCCCGCUCAGAGACGGGAUUGUGUGCUUUCAUGGCGUGAACAAACGAAUCAAGCUACAUCCUAUCUAGACGCCUCGCCUGUCUACUCCAGCAAUGCUCGUAACUCAGAUAAUGCUAGAGUGUUCCGGAAUGGAUUGCUGCAAUUCGGUCGUGGAAAUCCAGAGCAAGAUAUGUGCCUACGUGGAACUAUGAGCAGUAGUUGUAUCCGUCCAGGCGAUGGGCGAAGCGGAGAGCAGCCAGGUUUAAUGGCAAUGCAUCAUGUCUGGGUCGGAGAACACAAUCGAAUUGCACUAGAAUUGAGUGAUCUAAAUCCCCACUGGAGCGAUGAAAAAGUAUAUCAGGAAACCAGGCGAAUUGUCGGAGCCCUAUUCCAGCAUAUCACCUAUCGUGAAUUCCUACCUCUAGUUGUAGGUAGGGAAGUUUGCCGCCUUUUCGAGCUUGACCUGCUCAAUUCAGGCUACUUCGAAGACUAUGAUCCCGAAAUCAACCCUACAGUUGCCAAUUCCUUCGGUGCAGCAGCAUUCCGCUUUGGACAUUCCCUGAUUCAAAAUACUUACAUGCGAUGUGACAAGAACCACAACUUUUUGGACAACAACGUCCCUUUGCACAAUGAAAACGUGAACGGUGAUAUCGGAAACCCCGGAUCAUUACAUCGGCUGCUGAGAGGCUUAGCUGCCCAAAAAGCGCAAAUGCGUGAUGAGUUCAUAACAGCCGAACUCACGAAUCAUCUAUUCCAAAGUGGAAGUUUUCCUUUCGGACUCGAUUUGGCCGCUAUUAAUAUUCAACGUGGUCGCGAUCAUGGCAUACCACCAUAUACAAGUUGGCGCGAACCGUGCGGAUUGACGCCAAUUCAAAAUUGGCACGAUUUUGAAAAGGUGGUCGGAAUUGCCUCAGCAAAACGUAUAAGUCACGCCUAUCGUAGUGUCCAUGACAUAGAUCUUUUUGUUGGCGGAAUUGCUGAAAGGCCAGUAAUUGGGGGUCUUGUUGGACCAACAUUCGCAUGUAUCAUAGCUCAACAAUUUAGUAAUUUACGUAAAGGCGAUCGAUUUUGGUACGAGAAUCCAAGAUUCGAAAACUCAUUCACGCCUGCCCAGCUUCAUUCUAUUCGGAGGGUCUCUUUGGCGCAAAUAAUCUGUAGAACUCUUGGUGGUGGAACUUUGCAGCCGCAUAUUUUUAUACCGCAUGACAUCCCUGGAAAUGAGCGUCUUCCUUGUGGAGUCGGCCUCCUAGCUCCGAUUGAUUUGCUUCCCUGGCUAGAAGAAGAUCCUUUCCAGCAGCAUAGAGCCCCACCUUCAGCUCCUAUACAACCCAGUUUCCAAGAUCAUCUACCACCACAAAGUUCCCCUGCUGCUCCGCUUUUCGACACCAUUGACUUUAUACCGAACGGAUCUACUGGACUACAAAAACAACCCGUAUCCGACGUACAUUCUAAUACUAGUACUACAGUUAGUGACAAACUGGACUUGAAAUUCCCGCCAAGGUUCACCUCAACCCAACCACCAAAACGAAAUACAGCUAACAAACCCACGACAAAAAAACGAAAGACGUCGAUAACAAAAACUAGACCGACUAGUUCACCCAAUAAAAAAAUACAAGACUUUACAACUAGACGAACGGUAAUCAUAAACAACAUUCCAGUUAUUCUAAGGCGGAGCGCAGAUCCUUUCUCGACAGAAAUACUUGACGCCGAAACGAGAAGUCAGGACUUGGAUUUACUAGGAGCGAACAGUACAGACAGAAAGAAAGGACAUGAUACGAUUCACGUUCACAUUAACCGCAUAAACAGAACAAGUACAUUUACAACGAAAAAUGAUACAUUCAAAGACCGACCCGAAGAAAGACACUACGCGAACCAAGAGACAAUUUACGGGACAAACACCGGACAGAAAGUACGUGUACCGAGACCAAGCUCUGAAGAGUAUGAAAUAGAAAUAAACAUUCGACAAACAAACAACAGACGACCAGGUUCAUCAUACUAUUACGGGGACUUUAACUCGAAAUACGACAACUAUGAUACGGUUUCGACUCCAUUUAGUUAUAGACCGAGUACAUUUAGACCGACGCACGAACAGUUUUCUGACUAUCGUCCUUACACAAAACCACCUAAGAUUAUCUACCUAGACAACCAAGACGACUAUACUACGACUACGACUCCUGCUCCUAACUUACUUCAGACUUUCUUGAUGGCUGGACAGAAUGCAAUAACCGAUCAUUUUCAGAAACCUGGUUCUAUCUUUCAUAGUAACAUAUUUGGUGGAGGCGGAAACAGCGGCACCAGUAGUGCUCUAAGUAGUAGCAGCAGCGCUGCAAAUAGCCUUCCUAUUAGUAGCGCCGGCUUUGGCAAUGGACCUGGGGGUAGCACGAGCCACAGUAAUACCAAUACUCAUAACAUCUUCAAUAUUAACAUUCGUCCUGCUGGGCAAAACAUUGACUUGUCUGAUUCUCCUAUUUCACUACCUGCAUCUUCUGCUUCCUAUGGCUUACAUUCUACUUCAAAACUCCCACCGCCGCUAAAUUAUAACCAGGCUAAACCGAAUAAUCCUUUCUCUACAAACUAUCCGCCUUAUCAAUCUUCGCCUUCAUACGAUGCUUUUCCUUAUCGUGACUAUGAUCGCAAUCGCUUGACUACAUCAACGCCUAGACGACCUUACUAUCGACCAACGAAUUCUUACUAUCCACGGACUAAAGACGCUUCGCUUCUCGCUACACCUAACAAAAAUCUAUCAUCUGCUGUUCCCUCUAAAGAUGCUUCAGACUUUUCCGACUAUGACUUACUUUCCUUCUCUUCCAAAAUUUCUGAUAACGCUUCCAAGUCUGACGACUACUAUGACGACUCAGAAACUGACCUUGCUGCCAAAUUUGACAAAGACGGUUACUUACGACCUGAACAUAUGAUACUCGAAAUUCUCAAUCACACGGACAUUGAUUAUAACGCAACCUUAACAAAAGACACAAACAAAAAUGAUACAAACGCAACGAGUAAGGACGACUUUGUACUGCCUGCACUAAUGGAAACGGAAGCUGUGACAAAACAGACUAAACAGAACAAAACUUCUUACUAUGACGCUAUACCAAGACGACCAGCCACUGAAAUACUCGCGGAAGACUAUGACGAAAUACCGCUACCGAAACCUCGACAUAAAGUACAGAAAAAUCCUCCAAACCUUGUCCCUUUUGCUCCUUUGAAUGUCCUGACAAAGCCUGAAAGGCCUGAUAAUUGGGUGAUUUUCGAUGAACCAAAGGAACAAGAUCUUCUACCAGAAAUACCAGUCCUGAAUACAGGGAAUCCGUCCUUUAUGGAGCUUCCGAAACCUAUAACGGUUCGCGUACGGAAUGGAUAUAGUCGGAAGGCAGGAUGAGCUUUGAAAAAGGCGCUGUUCUACGAAAUGUUAUAGUAUUGAAUACUUAGAUGCACGUCAGACCAACCCAACUAGUUAAUUUUAUUUAUUCUAUCAUCUUAUUUAUAUUAUUUAAUUUUUUACGCAAAUUAUAUUAUUAUUAUUAUGAACAUAUUAGAGAAUGAAAUGCAGACAAUACUAUUUAUUAUCUAGCUAAAUAACCGAAAAUACAUUGAUGCAAUCAAACCUGUGCAUGCAACAAAAAAAAUAUUAAUAAACUCCUCAAAUAAUUAUUUAGCCAAUAAAAAAAUACAACGCAAAA